AUGGGACGCCGGUCAUCAGAUACUGAAGAAGAAAGCAGAAGCAAGAGAAAAAAGAAACACCGUAGACGAUCUUCUUCCAGUAGUUCUUCAGAUAGUAGAACGUACAGCCGAAAGAAAGGUGGAAGGAGAUCAAGGUCAAAGUCAAGAUCUUGGUCCAGAGAUCUUCAGCCUCGCUCACAUUCUUAUGAUAGAAGACGCAGACAUCGGUCAAGCAGUAGCUCUUCUUAUGGCUCUAGAAGAAAACGAAGCCGAAGUCGUUCACGGGGCCGAGGGAAAUCAUCCAGAGUUCAGAGGUCUAGGUCAAAAAGCAGAGCGAGAAGGUCCCGAUCAAGACCUCGGCCACGUUCCCACAGUCGAAGCAGUGAAAGGUCCAGUCACAGAAGAACACGUAGUCGGUCUCGGGAUAGAGAACGACGUAAAGGCCGAGAUAAGGAGAAAAGAGAAAAGGAAAAGGAUAAAGGCAAGGACAAGGAAUUACACAACAUCAAACGUGGGGAAUCUGGAAACAUCAAAGCUGGAUUAGAACAUCUGCCACCAGCUGAACAGGCCAAAGCAAGACUGCAAUUGGUUCUAGAAGCUGCUGCGAAAGCUGAUGAAGCAUUGAAAGCCAAAGAAAGAAAUGAAGAAGAAGCAAAGAGAAGAAAGGAAGAAGACCAAACCACCCUGGUAGAACAAGUAAAAAGAGUCAAAGAAAUUGAAGCCAUUGAAAGUGAUUCUUUUGUUCAGCAAACAUUCAGAUCAAGUAAAGAAAUCAAAAAGUCAGUGGAAGCUAGUGAAGUGAAGCAUGCAGCAGCCACGUCAGGACCAGCAUCAGUGGUGGCUGAUCCGCCGAGUAAUGAGAAGGAAAUAGACCCAGGCAGCAUCCCUACUGCCAUCAAGUACCAAGAUGACAAUUCUCUGGCUCAUCCAAAUUUAUUUAUUGAGAAAGCUGAUGCUGAGGAAAAAUGGUUCAAGAGAUUAAUCGCUCUCCGACAAGAAAGGCUAAUGGGCAGUCCCGUAGCCUAA